AUGUCAAGACCAGAAGAAUUAGCACCUCCUGAAGUGUUUUACAAUGAUUCCGAAUCAUUCAAAUAUACAUCAUCAACACGUGUACAGCAUAUUCAAGCAAAAAUGACACUACGAGCAUUAGAAUUAUUAAAUCUUGAUAAUCAAGAACCACAAUUAAUUCUUGAUUUAGGUUGUGGAUCAGGAUUAUCUGGAGAAAUAUUAACUGAAGAAGGAUAUAAUUGGAUUGGAAUGGAUAUAUCACCAAGUAUGUUAGCAACAGGAUUAGAUAGAGAUGUUGAUGGAGAUUUAUUUUUAGCUGAUUUAGGUAAUGGUAUACCAUUUAGAGCAGGAACUUUUGAUGCAGCUAUAUCAAUAUCUGCUAUUCAAUGGUUAUGUAAUGCAGAUUCAUCAAAUGUUGAUCCAAAAAAGAGAUUGCUAUUAUUUUUUAAUACAUUAUAUGCAUCUUUAAAAAGAGGUGGGAAAUUUGUUGCACAAUUUUAUCCAAUAAAUGAUUCACAAAUAGAAAGUAUAAUGUCAAGUGCUAAAUUAGCAGGAUUUGGAGGAGGAUUAAUAAUAGAUGAACCAGAACUGAAAAAAAAUAAAAAAUAUUAUUUAGUUUUAACUGCUGGUAUUACUGAAAGAUCAAUAAACUUAAAAGGAGCAGAAAUGGAAAUUCACGAAGAUACCAAAGAUAAUAAACGAAAGAAAAGAAAAUUAAUGGAAUCAAGAAAAGAAUUUAUAAAUAGAAAGAAAGAAACUAUGAGAAGAAGAGGUAGAAUAGUUGCAGAAGAUUCUAAAUUUACAGGUAGGAAAAGAAGACCUCGAUUUUGA